CUGGAUUGUUCAGUCGUUGUUAGUUCGAUGAAACUAUCGUUUCUGUGAAGAAUAUCAGUGAUUGGAAAAAGUUCAGAGAAUUUCAUAUUGUGCUAGCCUGAACAUUGCCAAUUUAACUUUAUCAUUAUGUUUCUGAAAGGAUUUUUGAUUUUGUGCUGUAUUGCAGCCGCCGUGAAUGCCCAAGAUGGAUGGUGUGAUCCAAGUUUAUGUCGACCACAACAACGACCACAUGUUGGUUGCUUCGAUGGUGAUCCUAGUUGGGCUAAAAAAUGUGACGCUCCUGAACAAAUAGAAAUAACGGACGAAGUAAAACAAGUCUUUUUGGAUGAGCACAACAAACUACGAAAUCAACAAGCAAUGGGAAAAACGCCAAGAUUCCCAACCGCCGCGCGCAUGUCAACCAUGACUUGGGACGACACUUUAGCUGGUUUGGCCGGAUAUAAUACGUUGUCGUGCGAAAUGAAACACGACAGCUGCCACAAUACACCACCAUUUUAUUUGGCUGGACAAAAUUUGGCUCAAAAUUAUGACAAAGAUCCAGCAGAGCUUGCAAAAGCAUCUACGCAAAUGUGGUUUAAAGAGAAUAGUCUUGCUCAAGUGAGCGACAUUAAGAAGUUCACCAGACUCUCGACACCAGAAGGGGAAAUUGGACACUUCACCCAAAUUGUUAUGGAUCAAGCAUACAAAAUGGGUUGUGCCAUAACCAAAUUCAAUGAAGAAGGCACCCGGAAGUCGUUGAUUGCCUGUAAUUAUGCUGUAUCGAACGUUAAUGGUCUACCAAUUUAUGAUGUUGGUGCCACAGCAUCAAAAUGUAAAACCGGAACAAAUCCACAAUAUCCAGGCCUAUGUACUGUCGAUGAAAAAUACGACGAAGGAAUAUUAUGGAAUCAAGGACCAUUUAAAUUAACUUGUGCAACCGAUCACGUCUGUAUUGGAAAAAGUUCAGAGAAUUUUAAAUUGCUAACUUUGCCAAUACACAUAUUCAAUAUGAUCGUUUUUACCGAAAUAUUCAUUUUGUGUUUGGUCGUGGCCGCUGCUAGUGCAGACGAUUCGUACUGUGAUCCAGCAAUCUGUCCGAUGGGUAAACAACCACAUGUCGCUUGCGGGGUCAAACUUGAAUUUGAUUCGCGUUGCUCCGACGAUGCCGAAUUUAUAGAAAUCACUCCCGCAUUGCAAAAACUGUUCGUCGAUGCACAUAAUAAAUUGCGAAAUCAACAGGCCAUGGGACAAACACCGGGUUUUGAGCCGGCCAAAAAAAUGGCAACCAUGACUUGGGAUGACGAUUUAGCAUAUACCGCAAAAUACAAUGUAAAACAAUGUAAAAUGGACCAUGAUGUAUGCAGAAGUACACAAGAUUUUCAAUAUGCUGGCCAAAAUUUGGCCCUUCACGGUGACACCAAUGAUGAAUUUUUAGCCAACUGGGCACCUGGUUUUUGGUUCGAAGAAUAUCCACGUGCAAACAUGAAUGAUAUCCGCUCACAAGGAAGAUUACGAGAUGAAAAUGGAAAAGACCUUGGCCAUUUUACUCAAGUUGUGAAGGACAAUGCAUAUAAGGUGGGAUGUAGUAUUGCCAAAUAUACCAACGAGAAUGGUGCACGGAAAGCAUUGAUUGCCUGUAACUACGCCGUUGCCAAUAUUGAUUCAUGGCCAAUUUAUGAGGAUGGACCAACAGCAUCCGAUUGCCAAACUGGAACAAAUCCUGAGUAUCCAGCACUUUGCACCGUUGAUGAAGUUUAUACUGGACCAUUCUUCAAAUCCUAAAAAAGAUAUUGCGUUUAUAUUUUCAUUACUGUCUCUCUACCGAACCAUUCCGCUUUUAUUCUUCUCACAAAUAUGCAUUUGAAAUAAAAAAAAAUCUUUUCGCAAAAUAAAUAACACAAACAAA